AUGCAUGAGACCGUCAAGGAGACAGUUCACAUCACCGUGCCUACUACGAUCAAGGAGACAGUGAAGGAGACGAUACACGUCACCAUACCGACCACGAUCAAGGAAACAGUGCACGUCACAAUCCCGACCACGAUCAAGGAAACAGUGCACGUCACAAUCCCGACCACAAUCAACAAGACAGUCAAGGAAACAGUACAUGUGACCAUCCCGACUACCAUCAAGGAGACGGUUCAUGUUACCAUUCCCACGACAAUCAAGGAGACGGUCCACGUCACCAUCCCGACAACCAUCAAGGAAACCGUCCACGUCACCAUCCCGACCACAAUCAAGCAAACGGUCCAUGUCACUAUCCCGACAACCAUCAAGGAGACGGUCCACGUCACGAUUCCCACCACCGUAAAGGAAACGGUCCAUGUGACUAUCCCCACGACAGUCAAGGAAACGGUCCACGUCACCAUUCCUGUGACC